AUGGCUGUGCGGGCGGUCCUGCUGCUGGGGGUGCUGCUGGCGACCCACCAACCCGGGGACGCAGCUCUCCUGGAAGCCAACGGCAACCUGAGCUGCCGCUGUGCCAAGACCACCAGAGCUUUCAUCUCCCCGCGGAAAUACAGCAGCAUCGAGGUCCGGCCGGUGGGGAGCAGCUGCCGGCGCCUCGAGGUUGUGAUUAAGCUAAAAAGCCUGGAGAGCAUCUGUGUGCAUCCUGACACCCCUUGGGUGAAAAAACUCCUCCAGGACCUCCCAAACCUGAAGAAGAAAGAGGCUUCCAACUGA